AAUGAUGUGACUUGACUAGAGGGGAAAGGGGGUUGGUAAGUAUGGUGCAGGACUCCGGACCCACGGUGCCCUUCUUGGGUGCUAAGGCAAGUUAGGAGGCUCCAAAUACUGUAUAUCUCAUGGCCGCAGUAUCCACUGAUCUAUGUGACUGUAGCACAUGCAUCUGCCUGCAGGGCCUGGUAUACAAGCCCCGUUCGUACCGCACCUUGCAGCACUCCAGGUGGUGUUUUGUGCUAGCGUGCUCAGUGCCUGUGAGAAGGGCCCGCGCUGGGAGAUUGGUAUCGAGUUGUUAGACUGGAUGCGUUCCUCACUGGACCUUCCACUGAACUUGUUCUGUUUCGGUGCUGCGAUUAGUGCAUGCCGGAAAGGCUCCAAUUGGCAGGGCGCAUGGGCCUUGCUCGAGGAUAUUUGGUCCUCGGCUUUGCAACCUGACUUGGUGGCCUUUAAUGCCACGAUCAGCUCUUGCGAAAAGGCCCAGCGCUGGGAAUUUGCCAUUGAACUCUUGGAGAUGAUGAGUCUCCAGCAAGUCCCGCCCGACGUGGUGAGUUUCAAUGCCACAGCGAGCGCCUGCGAGAAACGUGCGCAGUGGAGCUGGGCUCUUUGGGUCUUCUCGCAGUUGAAGAGGACAAUCCCAGUAGAAAAGCAGAAAGGUGCCUUGCUGAAUAUCAGCAAUGCCUGUGUCAGCGCGUGUGCAAAGGCCACUUUUGCCGAGACGGGUCAGUUGCCGAGGCACUGCGCUGGCAAGAAGCUUUACUCCUGGGGCAGCAGAUCGAUCGACCAGAUAAGGUCACCUACAAUGGUCUAUUGUGUGCCUGCCGCGCCUCCGGUGGCAGCCGCUGGCCCAUGUUGCUGCAGCUCGUGAUCGAGAUGUCCAGGCACCUGGUGAUGCCUGGGGUGGACGCCUACAGUGUUCUUGGGGAUGCCUGCCUGGAAGCAGGCGUUGCGUUGACGGCCAGAUGUUGGCUGACUGGCCAGAAAGCGCAACGGAAGUGCUGGAUAGGCCAGGCGGUUGAGUGGAAGUUUCAAACGAUUCUCUGAAACGAUCACCUUGCUCAUCGGCAAGCAACAUUUGAAAGGAGGUCAAUAACAAUCGCUUUCAACCCCUCCUUCCUGGGUCACUAUCAUUGUCUAGUAGCACCUCACCAUCACAAACCCCACUCAGAGUUGUGGUGUGAGUUCUGUGGGGGUGAUGCCAAACCAUGACCACCCUCC